AUGCUCAAACACACGCUCACCUCUCUGGCCCUCUUCGCGGCAGGAGCCUUCACGGCCACAACCAGUCCCGGUUACUCAUGGAACAUCCCUUCGACCGUCAGCGGGGACUCACUCUCGUUCGGAGAAAAUUACGCGGUGUUGAAUCUCGACCUGAUCGAUAUUGUGGUCUCGUAUGUGAACACUACUACCGCGGGGGCGAGCUGGAUCAAUAACACGGCGCGGUGGAUUGACGCCGUUCACAAGCAGUCGCCUCCACCCUUGAGCAUCUUCACUCGGAUCUACUUCGCCAACACGCAGCGACCCGAAAUCAGCGCCAACGACCCUUUUGCAGAGGCUGUGUCCCUGCUCGGCAACAUCACUGAGUCGAGCCCCGAGGGACAGAUCUACCCUGCUUUCCGGCCUCUAGAUGACUGGGACGUGGUGUUGCAGAAGAUGCGGUACUACGCCGGUGCAGGCAAUUCGCUAGAGGAGAUCCUCGCGAGCCAGAAGAUCGACACGGUGAUUUUGUCUGGGAUUCGCACGUCGGGGGUGGUGUUGAACACCGCUCUUCGUCUCUUUGAUCUCAAUUACAAGGUAUAUGUUAUUUCGAACAAUACCAUCGAGACUCCCUCGACCUACGCGUCCCAGAUUCAGCAGACAAUCCUGCAGGGCAUUCUGCCAGGCAAUCCUAUCGACGUCAUCACGAUCGAGCAGGCCAUCGCCGCGUUAAAUCGAUCAGGUCCGGCUGUAUACUAG